GAUGCUAACACACAAUAAGUCAUUGCCCUCUGCACUUCGUUACUCUAAUAUAAUAAUAAUUUCUAUCAAAGCAAUAUCGGUACCAUAGUGUAUUAAUACAGUGGCCGCAGGGCGUGUUGUUGUAAAACAGAGGCGAUUUUUACAACAACUUGUUGGUAAUUUUCAUAUAGAAGAAAACAAAUGAAAGCAGGCCACAAUUCAAAAAAGACUUAAAUUUGUAUUGGGAAUAAAUGUUGAUGUGGUUAAACAAGGAAUGGGUUCCAGCAACAAUGGGAAUACAGCUCGACGAUUGUUUGAAAACCCUCAAAUUACAGCUGACAUAACAGGAGUAAAUGAGCAACUGAUUCAUCGGUUCAAAAUUAUAUUAUCCACAAUAACUUGCAGUCAGGCAAUAGACGCUGAGAAAUUCCAAAUAUAUUGUAUAGACACGGCAAAAUUGUGCAUUGAUUUGUAUGGAUGGUACUACAUGCCCAUCACAGUGCAUAAAGUUUUGAUACAUGGUAGCAAAAUUGUAUCUGAGGCCAUUCUACCUAUAGGAAUGUUAUCAGAAGAAGCGCAGGAAGCGAGGAACAAAGAUUAUAGACGUUAUAGGCUAUAUCACUCGCGCAAGACUGGGCGCUCUUCUACUAACGAAGACGUAAUGCAUCAUUUGUUGAUAUCCUCCGACCCAUACAUCAAUUCAUUUAGAACGAAAUUGAAGCUUAAAAAAUUAGAUUAUCACGAAGAUGUGAAAAAGUUGUUAAUAAAUGAAAUAGAGUGAAACUGUAAAAAUUUUUGUAUUGGAGUUGUAUGGGGGGUGGGUGUUACAGUGGGCGGAUUUUCUUCAUAUUUGCAAAACAGCAUUUAAUAGAUGUUAUAUGCAUUUUUGCGAAAAAUAUACAUUCUAGUUACAAAUUUACAGAAGAUAUGGCAUUUUUGAAAUAUCAUUUGUAUGGGAGGUGGGCGUAAAAAUUGGCGGAUUAAGUUCAUAUUUUCAGGAGCACAUUCUACAAUUAUAAUAUUAAUGUGUUAUGAAAAUUGAGUUGAUAUAUUUAAAAUCAUGGAAGUUAUGCCACAUUUUCUAUUUAAGUUGUAUGGGAGGUGGGCGUAAAAGUGGGCGUAUUUUUGUAAAAAAACAAUUAAAAUUCUUAAAAAAUUUAAAAUA